AUGAAUUUGGUGUUUGACUUCUCCAAGAUGGCUGUUGCUGAGCAGUGUCCCAUGGAUGAGAGCAGACGGCUGGAUCCCUAUGAGCAAGACAAGGAAGCACAUGAAUCCUUCAUGAAAAGUAGGAGUAGUAGCCUCUUAGGACGUAAGGAUAUCCUGGAAGAGAUUGACAGGGGGUCCAGGGGGAAGUGUGGCGCCCUCAUUGUUCUUGGUGGACCAGGUAUCGGCAAGUCUUCUCUGCUAGCCAGGGCUGCUGAUGUAGCAUGCUUGAGGGCCGCCAAGGCAAUGCCCAGUGGACAGGGACCUAAUUUGAACGUAUUCUAUCACUUUGUCGGUGCCAUCCCAGGAUCCACUAAUCCAGAGAAAAUGAUCAAAAGACUUCUCAGAGAACUCAAUGUCUGUAAUGACCUUAACAUGCCCAAGGACUAUGAAUCAGCGUGCCAGAUUGCAAGCAGUGCCCUCUCAAACCCAAACACAAGGCCAACAAUCAUCGUCAUUGAUGCUCUCGACCAGCUUGAUGAGGACGGAACGGCCUCCGCUUCAAGAUGGUUGCCAUCCAAACUAAGAUGGUUGCCGCCCCAACUUGCACCCCAGGUCUGUUGUGUCUUGUCCAUGAUCAACGAAACCCCUCCUCAUCAUACGCUGAGAGAGAGGAAGAUCAAACGGGUGGAGCAACCCGUCCCCCCUCUAGAGAUGGAAUCUAGAAGGGAGAUUGUAUCAGAGAUCCUAGGUCAGUUCGACAAGCGUCUGGACGAGGAGCAGAUGGUGAGUCUUCUGAGCAAAGAAGCAUCUCAGAACCCUCUCUGGCUGUCUAUCGCUUGUGAAGAGCUCCGAGUCUACGGUGUCUUCUCUAAGGUCACAGACAAGAUCAACACCCUGGCAGAUGGGCUUUUAGAGCUCCUGGCUCAAGUCCUGGAGAGGUUGGAAGCUGAGGGUGGAGGGAGCCUUAUGGUUGCUACCCUGUGUCUCCUGGAGUGCUCCUCCUCGGGUCUCCUGGAGGCUGAGCUCCUGGCCAUCCUCGGAGAUGAGGAUAACCUGAUGCCUUCAGAUAAUGGAAAGAACAACAAGAAAAAAGGUGCCAGCAAGAAGAGGAAAAAAUCCAACAAGCCCCAGCCGCUGACCGCCGUCAAGUGGGCCCGGGUCUACCGUACUCUGCAACCUUUCCUGCAACCCUUUGGGGAGAGUGGAGAGGGGCGGCUUGACUUUUCCCCCCCCUCCCUUAGCAAGGCCAUCAGAAAGAAGUAUUUCAAUACCCGGCUGGCUGGGGUAGGAGAGGGAGAGGAAGCCAUGAACGAAACUCUUGUACGCUGGUGGAACACAAAACUGACCGAUUACUUUGAAAAUGUGUCCAAUCUGGAGAGGAAAGUUGAGGAAUAUCCAUAUCAACUGAGAAAGUUAGGAGACAAGGAGCGUUUAAUUGAAUUCCUCUGUGAUUGGGAUAUGAUCGAGGGUCUGUAUAAUGAAGACUACAGCUCGCAGCUUCUUUCUUACUGGAGACGGGUAAUACAAAAAAAAAUACAAAUUAAAUUUCAUAGCAUAGUAACCAAAUAUAGAGAGGAUCAUUCUCAGUGUUAUUAUAUAGCUAAAACAAUGCUCCCCAGGGAGUGGAAAAUGUGCAUACAUUGUGUGCAGGUAAGCCUGAGUCCGAUGACCGGGGUAAUAAUAUAUCUGUAAAGCGCUUACCGGUAGGCACAUCACUGUAUCGAUGUAUUGGGCGCUGUGUAAAAGCAGAAUAUUAUUAUUAUUAUUAAUAUUAGAAAUAAUCUCUAAACUUUAGAAGUGCAUAGGGAUGUUAUUUGCACUCUAUUAUUACCGGUAUUAUUAUUUUUAAACACUUUGCAAAAAAAACAUUAAUUAAAAUUGUUAUUUGAUUAUUGAUUGGCUUAGUCAAGAUCCUAUACAAUACAUUCUCCCUUGUACAUUCAAAACCAUAGAGACCUUCCCAGGUUUAAAGGAAGGUAAUAAUAUUGAUCUUAUUAGUUUCGCCAGCAUUUCAAUGUUUGCCAAUUAAUCACGUUUGAUUCAGUUGCAAAACGAGGUUUAUCUUGCCUUUGAUGCACUAAUAAAUGUUCAGAUGAAUGAAUCCGCCUGGUUCUGAUUUUGAAUGAAAAAUAA